AGAAAUUAAAAAUGGGCGCUUAGCAAUGGUUGCAUGGUUAGGCUUUUAUGCGCAAGCAGCUUUGACUGGUAAAGGUCCAGUUCAGAAUCUUCUCGAGCACAUAUCAGAUCCAUUUCACAACAAUCUGUUUUCUGUGCUCAAGUUGAUGUUUGAUGGGAGAGGGUGGAAAAUAUCAUAAUACAGCUUCCUCUUCAACAGGAGGAAAUCACAUUACAAUUAAUAUUGAUUCAUUGGCCUCUUCCUUUAAAGAGAUGAUGUCCCAAAAUUUAACAAUGUCUGAUAAGUGCUGCAUCUUCAGAAUCCCCCACAUACUCCAAAGGCACAAUGAGAAGGCAUAUGUUCCCAAUGCAUUUUCAAUCGGGCCCUGGAACCAUUACAAACCAAAGCUGAAACCCACAGAGAAAGUUAAGCUCAAGUAUCUACAUGGCCUCCUCUCCAAAGCACCAUGCAGUGAGACGAUGUUGAAGGAGUUCGUCAGAGCCAUCUGGGAAAUUGAGAAAGAUGCUCGUGCCUGUUAUGCCGGACCUGUAGAUGUCAAACCUGAUGAGUUCGUCAAGAUUUUGGUACUCGACGGUUGCUUCAUCAUUGAACUGUUCCGAAAGGAUGACGAUGAGAUGCGUAGGGAAGAUGAUGACCCAAUUUUUAAUAUGUCUUGUAUGCUUCAGUUUCUGCACCAUGACUUGAUCUUGCUAGAAAACCAAAUACCUUGGCUUGUGCUUGAAAAAUUGUUCAACAUGACCAAGGAACCUGGAAGCAAGUCCCUUACUCAGCUUGCCCUUAAAUUCUUCCACAACAUUUUUUCAUUCACACCACCUCCAAUAGUUCAACCUUUCCAUGAACAACAGCAUAUACUUGAUCUCCUAAGAAAUUGGUUGGUUUUGUCCUCUGGAAAAGCAGAAGAUGGAAAGCUCGGAUGGCAACCUAUUCCUUCUGCAACAAAUCUUGUAGAAGCUGGCAUCAAGUUCAGAAUGGGAAAGGCAAAAAGCAUCCUGGAUAUAAAAUUCACCGACGGUGUCCUGGAAAUCCCAUCGCUGCUAAUUCAGGAGACAACAGAAGUUAUCAUUCGAAACCUGAUUAGCUAUGAGCAGUGUUGUCCUAAAUGCUCAACAAGAAUCACCUCAUAUGCCAUACUCCUAGACAACCUCAUCAACACAGCCAAAGACAUGGAUAUUCUCACAGAUAAUGGGAUUAUCGAUAAUUGGUUGAAUCCAGAGGAUGCAACCCAGUUCUUCAACAAGCUUUACCAUGAUGCCUAUGUGAAGAAGUACUACUACUUGGAUCUCUGCGAGAAAGUGAAUGAGUAUUGCCAUCGGAGGUGGCCCAGAUGGCGAGCUAUGUUUAUGAGGAACUAUUUUGGGACCCCAUGGGCUAUUGCUUCUCAAAUUGUGGCUGCCACCUUCCUGAUUCUCACCGUUUUGCAGACCUUAUUUACCAUAAUUAAGUAGCAUCUUUUUAUGGCGACCGAAAACUUCCAUUGUAAAUAAUUAUAAUAGUAAUUGAUCAUAUGACUCAUAAUGUUGGAAGUGAGAAAUUCAAAUCACCAA